AUGUCUGAGUCAUUGUCUAAGCAGCACGCAACUGCUACUGUUAAUAGUCUUUUAUCAACUAUUCUCCCGGGAGCGAGCAAAAUCGUUCCAGGGAAGAGCAGAGCUUCUAGAAACAAAGGAUCGAACGCACAACUAAUUAACAAACAUUUAAAGCAAGUCGUCGCCAUACGAGAGAGAGAUGUUCACAGUAUUAAAAAGAGAGAACAUAAAGCAAGGAGGAAAAUCUUGAAGACGAAACAAGCCGAAAUGGACGCAAUUGAUCAGACUGCGAAACUAGAGAUUCUGAGAAAGCAUCAGGCCGAGGGCACACUAACAAAUCGUGAACGGAAAUAUUUGAAUAAGGUAAUAAGCAAGAAUAUCAGAGGUCUAAAGAGUUGGGAUACUAAUGAUGAAGAACUUCAAGAGCUCCAGAACUCUGUUUUAGGCCACGCCAUGGAAGCGAAAAUGCGCCCCAAGUCAAAAACCAAACGCAGAAGUAAAAAGGAAUUCAACGAAGAACGGCAAUCGAACAAGGACCACAGGUACCCCGGUCUUACGCCUGGUCUUGCUCCUGUGGGUGCAAGUGAUGAAGAAGACUCGAGUCAAGAAGAAGAUGAGGAUUCUUAUUAG